AGAGAGAGACGAACGAAAUUGAGAGAAAGAAGGAGAGAGGAGAGAAAUGAAUUGCAUGUGUAUAUUUACGAAAUAUAAUUGUAUUUCAAUUGGGAUACAUUACAAGUGUAGAGAAAACGUGGGAAACUUAAAUUUAGCUUAGGGAUGAAGAGAGAAGAGAAACGGCAAAAGCUCCAUGAAAGGCUCCUUAGGAUGCUCUAUCCUCCCCCACCAUCACCUCCUUCCCAAGAAGAAAACGAUGACGACGAACCAUUUGACAUUCUCCAACAAGGCGAUCAAAUUCCAGGUUUUCUUGCUAACAUGGAUGAACUGGAAGAGGAUAGGGGUUCUUCCUCCUCUGGCGACCAAGAGACUAAUCAUGGGCCUGAGAAGCUCACAAGGGCACAGAGGAAGAGGAUUCGACGGAAGAAGCUUAAGGAAGCUUCCUCACGCGGCCAGAAUAUAAUAGGGCCGUUGUUGCCUACUGAAGAGAGUGAUCUAGAGGGUGUAAAUGUGAGUACGCCAGAUGAGGAGCCACAAGGUGUUCGACAAAAUGCGAACGAGACAGAUGAUGCAGAUUCUUGCCUGAAACAAAACAAACAAAAACAAAGAAGAAUGGCUAAACGGUUGGUUGGUGGUAGCUCAAAGUCAACUGGGGAUGGCAACAAGAAUUGAAAGCUUCAUUUCUUUGGUCGAGGGAUAAGAAAACUUGACUGACUGCUUAAAAAAGGGUCACUGCAAAGUGAAAAUGUUGAAAUUAUGAAAACUUUUGAUCGGCUGAUCAUGAAAACUUAUCAUGGAUUACAUUAUGCACUCUUAGUUUGGGCUAUUGGCCAUUUAUCUGGGCUGUAAGUUGUUAUAGAAAACCUUGUCCAGACACAACUCAACCGGCUUGUAAAUGGUACAGUUUGUUUGGUGGGUGUAAAUGGAAAGCCCACUUGUAAGAUUUGUGAGGCCGCAAGGAAGAAUUGUUCUUCACUGUUCCUUAUCUCGUUUUUGGAUUCCCAUCCAGUGUCCCUUAUCUUCAUCGGAGUCCAUCAGUGGUGGAAUCAGAAUCUUUAUUGACGGGGUUUAAAAUAUGAAAAGGUAGACGUACAAAGAAGUCAAAGGGGCUCAACAUCAUGUUCGGAUGAACCCUGGCCAUUAGUAGGUCCACUUGUGGCUCUAGCUAAUCCAAAUUCGACCCCGUAAGGUUCAUUUGAAGGAGAAACACAUCCUAAUAGGAUUUUUUUUCAUUAAGUGAUAAAGAUAACUAUUUUUUGGAUAGUUGAUAAGCAGUUCCACAAAGUAAGAGAGGAAGUCAACUCCAGGAAUUAAGGAUCUUAGCUUAGCGGAAGGUAUGGCGUAAACUGCUGAGGCAGAUCCUUUUCUUGUUAUUUUUGUACUAAGAGGUGGGGUUUGCACCCAUUUAAGAUUGUUUUGUUCUUAUCCCCAAAAAUCAAUGCUCUAUUACAUAUCAUUGGUCAAUAAUAUUAACAUAUUCCAAUA